AUGAGAUUUGAAGGAGACAAACAAAAGGGAAUUGAGGACUGCCUAGAUCCCUCAUUAUUGUCAUCUCGCCGAAAUCGCCACAGUACCUUGUUAAUAUUUAGUAGUAACACAUCUAAGCAUCUAAUAGCUGGUGGAAUUGCUGGUGCUGUUUCACGAACUGUUGUAUCUCCGUUAGAAAGACUGAAGAUAUUAUUUCAGCUUCAACAUUCACAACAUGAAAUCAAAUUUAAGGGAAUCAUACCAAGUCUACUACAAAUACGUAGAGAAGAAGGAUUUAGGGGUUACUUCAAGGGAAAUGGGACCAACGUUGUUCGCAUGAUUCCGUAUAUGGCCGUCCAAUUUACUGCGUAUGAAGAAUAUAAGAAGCAAUUUCAUAUAAGCCAAGACUUUCGCAAACAUGAUUCCUUUCGAAGACUAUUAGCUGGCGCUCUGGCUGGCCUUACGUCAGUUAUCGUCACUUAUCCUUUGGAUCUUAUUCGAACUCGAUUGGCUGCUCAAGGCGAUGGACCUUCACGCAAAUACAGGAGUAUUCUCCAUGCAGCUGUACUAAUAUGUCGACAAGAAGGCGGAUUUUUUGGGGGUGCACUUUAUCGUGGAAUUGGACCAUCAUUAAUGGGUGUUGCUCCUUACGUUGGCCUUAAUUUCAUGAUUUAUGAAAACUUAAAAGGUAUAGUGACGAGACGUUAUUAUAGUACCUCUACAAACGGAACUUCUGAAUUGCCUGUGCCAGUUAGACUAAUGUGCGGUGGGAUUGCUGGUGCUGCAUCUCAAUCAGUCACCUAUCCACUAGAUGUGAUACGAAGAAGAAUGCAAAUGAAAGGAACUAAUUCUAACUUCGCCUAUACUUCUACUGCAAAUGCGUUUGCUACUAUUAUCCGUGUAGAAGGAUAUCUCGGAUUGUAUAAAGGAAUGCUACCUAAUGUUAUAAAGGAAUACGCUCAGGAGACCUCCUCUAUGAUUAACAUCGCUUAUAUUCUCAUUACUGUUACUCAGCAAAAUGCCUACAAUUUUAAUAUUAUGAAACCUAUGCGAAUCUCUAUUUUAAUGACUGAAUAUGGGUAA